CUGUCAAUCACCCCUUCCCGCCCUCACGGCAGUGGGCGGGAUCUUUUGGCGCUUCUCUCCCUCUGAUUGGUCGCCGCCCCGCAUGCCGCGUUCUGAUUGGCUGCUCCCCCUCCCCUCACGCUCAUUUCCAACAUGGCGGCGGCCGAGGCCGUCGCGUUGCUGGAGGCGCUGCGGGCGCAGGCGGCGGAGGUGGCGGCGCACGGGCGGGAGAUGCUGCGGAGGGUCAGGGGAGGGCAGCUGGACACCAAGGAGGGGGUGUCUCUGCUGCAGGUGCGCUCGCAGGCGCUCCUGAGUUACCUGCAGGACCUGGCCCUGCUCGUCUGCUCCAAAACCCGGGGGGUCUCCCUGGGGGCCUCGGGGGGCGCCCUGGAGCGGCUGCUGGAGACCCGAGUGGUGCUGGAGAAGCUCCGCCCCCUGGAGCAGCGCCUCAAGUACCACCUGGAGAAGCUGCUGAGGGCGGCGGCCUCGGGAGGGCGUGGUGCCGAGGAUCCGCUCAGCUUCCGCCCCGCCCCUUCCAAUAUGGCGGCGCAGGAAGAGGAGGAGGAGGCUGAAGGCCAAGGGGGCGGAGCCAAAGCCCCGGGACUGGGGGGAGGGCGGCGCUACGUCCCGCCCCGCCUGGUGCCCGUGGCCUGCGCCCCCGUCCCCUCCCCCCAGAGCCGCUCCCUGCUCCGUGCCCGCCUCCGUGCCCUGAGCUCGGCGGCGCUGCGGGAGCUGCAGGAGGAGCUGGGGGAGGGGCCUCGGCUCGAGGGGGAGGGGCUGGCCCCGCCCUCCCGCCAGGAGACCCUCAGGCGCCGCUGGGAGGAGUCGAUGCUGCAGCGCCUUGGCGCCCCCUGGCGGCCGCGGCGCCCCCGGGGGGCGGGGCCUGACCUCAAUGACGUCACCAACUUCGGGGCUUUCCCCGCCCUCCUGGGAGCAGCCAAUCAGGAUUCGUCGGAGCCGCCGCAGAAGAAGAGGAAGAAACAGAAAACGGGCAAGAAAAAAGGGAGGAAGGGUUUCCGCCGCCGCCGCUGAUCAUCCAAUAAAACUCCGCGAUUCUCGCCUCA